UUCCGGUACUCCACACUACCUUUGAAAACGUACCGGUGAUCGCCUGCGGCGGCCCGCUGUGCCCUGAUUUACGAUCCGCCCUGGCCACAACGUUAACUGCUGGCGGACUAUUUGACGGGAGCGCAGGGAGGCGUUCUCUGAGUGUGCGAGGCGUCCUAUAUAAGCACUGUCGCAGAGCUCUUGACGUUAGUGAGCGUUCUGAGGCUGCCGGAGAGGGGGUGAGGCACACAUACAGAGCGUGUGUGUGUUUACAAGGCGUCCAACCAACUCCCUUCACGGUCUCCUUUGUUCGUUCGGAUUAAAACUUUGCCAUCUCUCCUUUGGGUUCACCCGGUGUCCACCCCGUGCCUCAUAAACAAGAGGAAGGAACUGUUUAUUUUAACUUUACUCAUCUCUCCAUUUUUAUUGUCUCUUCUAUGAUUUUCAGUAUUGUAAUCACAAGCAACGUUGUUCACCAGGCAAGACACAAAGGAACAAGGUGCUGUGAAGACUUGCAGCCUCCUGGCACCUGCUCCCACAGCCAGCUAUCCGAAGAACACACUGCAGGGCUGCUAUUGUCUAUGGACCCUGUACCUGGCUGCUGAAUUCUGGAGCUACCCCCCCUCUAAGAGGGUCACAUUAAAAUAAGCUCCCCUACAAUCAUCCUAUCCCCCUGGGGAGGAGGAGGAGCACAUCAGUGGUGCUCACACUUAGCAACCUCAUGCCUGGCAUUGGAUGCCUUUACUCAAGUGAAUAGGCAUCAAGGUAAAAUGGUUUAUUGAUGGUACAUACAGACAUUAGUGUGAAAUCCUGUGUACCUUUCUGAAUCUGCCAUGAGUUAAGAGAAACACCAACAAUAUAAAUUGAUGCAACAUUUUCCUGCUAAUACUAUUGCAUAACAAUAUUGUCAAUAAAAAACAAGAAUAACCCAUAAACUUGGCUGGCUUUACUGUGUGAGGCAACAUCAACACGUUCUGGCUACACUUCUAAUACAAGAUUUUGGACAUUAAAUAUGUAGCAAAGAUUAACUUUUUGAAAAUUGGUGGAAUGUGGUUCAUGGUCGGUGAGAGUGAAGUUGUCCAGAUCCAAAUAUAAAAGUAUCCAGACAAUUCACCUCUCUUCCUGACCAAUAAUUUUUGAGACUUUGAUUUGGUUUUAGGGUAUUUCUUGCCAUUGAAGUCAGGGCUCAACCGAUACCCCUAAUUCUGCAUGGUAGCCGCAGUUACCUCUGGAUAUGCCACAGCAGUCAGGACGUCCUAUUUGAACUCAAGAUAACAUCAUGGUUGCACCAUCCUUGCUUGGAGACAUUUACAUGUUUAAAAAAGAACAUCUGCAGAAUGUCAGGUUGUGGCAGGGACAGGGGAGAAACUGUGUGUUGGUGCUCUGAAUGCUUAUCCAAGAAGAUGGAUGUGGUGGGAGAUUUUGAGUACGCUAGAAAGGAUCUUAUUGGACAUGGGGCAUUUGCCAUGGUCUUCAAAGGGCGCCACAGGAAGAAAACCGACUGGCAGGUGGCUAUUAAAAGCAUCAAUAAAAAGAAUUUGUCAAGAUCGCAGCUCCUGCUUGGUAAAGAAAUAAAGAUUUUGAAGGAGUUGCAGCAUGAGAAUAUUGUGGCCCUUUAUGAUGUUCAGGAGUCACCCACCUUUAUUUACCUGGUCAUGGAGUAUUGCAAUGGUGGAGAUCUGGCUGACUACUUACAAGCCAAAGGAACAUUGAGUGAAGACACAAUACGUGGUUUCCUACAGCAGAUUGCUGCUGCCAUGCGUGUUUUGCAUAGUAAGGGCAUAAUCCACCGGGAUCUGAAACCACAAAACAUUCUCCUGUCUUAUGCCUCCCGCAAGAAGUCAACAUUCAGUGGCAUCCGGAUCAAAAUUGCGGACUUCGGCUUUGCACGAUAUUUACAAAGUAACAUGAUGGCUGCCACAAUAUGUGGUUCUCCAACGUAUAUGGCUCCAGAAGUGAUCAUGUCACAACAUUAUGAUGCCAAGGCAGACUUGUGGAGCAUUGGAACUGUGGUGUAUCAAUGUCUUGUUGGCAAACCACCUUUCCAGGCUCAUCAUCCUCGUGAAUUAAGAACAUUUUAUGAAAAGAAUAAAACUCUGGUUCCAAGCAUUCCUAGAGAAACAUCUGCCUAUCUGUCUGACUUGCUGUUGGGUCUACUUCAGAGAAACCACAAAGACAGACUUGACUUUGAUGAAUUUUUUAAUCACCCUUUCCUUAAUCAGGUGUCUACCGUCAAAAAGUCAUGUCCCGUCCCUGUGCCUACUUACUCUGGGUCAAGUAUUUCCAGCAGCUCCUGUGGAAGCUCACCAUCUUGUCGUUAUGUGUCUCCUCCUUCUCUGCCUGACAUGCAGCAUGUUCAUGAAGAAAUCCUUUCUUCGCCUCCACUGGUUCCUCCAAAUUACUUACAAGUGUCCAAAGAUUCUGCCAGCACCAGCAGCAAAAACUCAUCUGGUGACAUUGACGAUUUUGUCCUCGUCCCUCAUAAUCUCUCUUCUGAUCACUCAUAUGACCUGCCUACUGGGACAGCUGGGCGGAGAGCAUCUACUGACUUAUUGAUGUGUGCAGGACAGUCACCAUUAAACACAUCAGGGGGCUCAGGAAAUGUUCAGAAACCUUCAUCUUCGUCACGAUGUGGGGCGUCAACUGUUACCACCAGACAGAGUCAGCCACAAGUGUCACCACAUAGUGAGACUGCACCGAUCCCUGUUCCAACGCAACUGCGAAAUUAUCAGCGCAUUGAGCAGAGCCUCUCAUCCACAGCCAGCCCGACAUCUAACCCUCAUGGGUCCCCCAGCAGGUCUAGUGCAGUUAGACGCUCCAACACCAGCCCCAUGGGAUUUUUGAAGGUUGGGUCUGGCUCUCCCAGCUCUGCAGACACAGUACAGGCUAUUGGGCGUCGUUUGUCCACUGGAUCCUCACGACCAUACUCUCCUUCACCACUGGUUGGUACCAUCCCAGAGCAACUUGGGCAUUGCUGUUGCGGACACACUCAAGUACAUGAAUCCAGGAGCAGAAGUUCCUCAGUUUCUCCAGUGCCACAGUCCCAGUCACCACAAUUUAUGCUGGGAGCAAGGUUACACAGCUCCCCAACCCUCACCGACAUCUACCAAAACAAACAGAAGUUACGUAAGCAACACUCAGAUCCUGUGUGUCCUUCAUAUGCUGGGCAUGGCCUCAGCCAUUCUCCACAACCAACACGGCCGGUCAGCCUUGGGGCUUCUCCUACCAAGCACAUGGGAUCCUCACCACGGAGCUCAGAAUGGCUUUAUAAAACACCAUUACCCACCAUCAUUGGGUCACCAACAAAGGCAACUGCUCCUUUCAAGAUCCCUAAAACACAAGCAUCAUCGAACCUGCUUGCACUGGUCACCCGUCAGGGAUCUGCCAACACUCCCAUCCAGGCCAGAGAUGUGUCUGACCACAGAGAGUUCUCUCAUUUCCACUGCAUGCACGGAGCUGUGAGACAGGGCAACACUGAGCACAGCAGGACCACCUUUGGCAGAUCUGUAAGUGCUGGGAAAUUGUCAGAUCAGACAGGAAGAACGACCCUUGGAGGCCAACAUUACCAGGGUAGCACAGACAGUCUGAACUCAGAGAGACCAAUGGAUACAGUUCCUGCAGGGGCUUGUGGAUCUGCGCCAACAGGGCCCUCUAUGGGCUGUAGGGCAGUGAUGUUUACUGUAGGCUCCCCUCCCAACAGUUCCACUCCCCCAACCUGCACCCACAUGAUGAUGAGAACCAGAACCACAUCAGUUGGGUCAAAUAGUUCUGGGGGUUCUCUGUGCUCCACCAGUGGACGUGUACACAUGGGUUCCCCAUCUGGUAUCCACAUGGGCUCGUCACCACCUGCAGCAGAUGUAGCCCCAAGUUAUAAAUACAUGUCUUAUGGCACAUCCCCUCCCAGCCUGGAAGAUUUCAUCACGUUUGAAGCUCCUGAACUCCCCGAGGAAACCUUGAUGGAGAGGGAGCACACAGAUACGCUCCGUCACCUGAACCUGAUGCUGACAUUCACAGAAUGUGUGUUAGAGCUGACUGCCAGCCGAGGAGGACACACUGAUCUCUGCCCCUCUGCUGUGGUUCCAUUUCAAAUCCAGGAGAGUGUUGUGGUAGAUCAGAUAAGCCAGCUGAGCAAGGAAUGGGGGCAGGUGGAGCAGCUGGUCUUGUACAUGAAAGGAGCACAGUUCUUAGCAUCAUCCCUGCAGCUUGCCAAAUCACAGAUCAAAUCUGGAAAACUGACUCCUUCAAGCACAGUAAAGCAAGUCUUGAAGACCAUGAACGAGCGCUAUAAGUUCUGUAUCACUAUGUGCAAGAAGCUGACUGACCAGCUGAACCGCUUCUUCUCAGACAAGCAACGCUUUGUUGAUGAAAUUAACAGUGUCACAGCAGAAAAACUUAUCUAUAACUGUGCAGUGGACAUGGUGCAAUCUGCUGCACUUGAUGAGAUGUUCCAGCAGACAGAAGAUAUUGCAUAUCGUUAUCACAAGGCUGCACUACUUCUGGAAGGUUUAACGAAAAUCCUGCAAAAUCCUGCGGAUAUCGAAAAUGUUCACAAGUACCAAGCAAGCGUGGAAAGCAGACUAUCCUCACUCUGCUAUGGAGCGGUUGCAUUUUAUGAAUAGUAGCAAUAGUAAGUGGACCACACUACAGCAAAAUGAGGGACCACUAAAACCGAUUUCAUUCUAUGUGCAUAUGUUAGUGACAAGAUCAAGAUGAAAAAGGAACCCACAUUUUCACUGCUGAAGGCUUCCCAGAGGAAAAAAUGUGGACCUUCAAGUUGUCCAACGUGCACAGGAAAGCUGCCUUAUUUUUACAGACACUCCUAACUCCUGCAAGAGUUAAUAUGCCUUUCAACACAAAUGUAGAAUGGAUAAAACCAUCUGACACUUUUCACCACGGAUGUGUAUUUAUAAUGUAUGACUGAAUGGGAUGACUCUUUGCUUGUUCUAAAGGUACAGUGUAACCAAGGACAAGACAAACUCAGUACUCCAGGUGGCAUGUCAAUAGUAAAAAGCUGAGUUCUGUAACUUCUCAGAGAGGACCUUUUGGUGCAGAGUUCGAAUCCAGAAAGGCCCAACUUCUUAUCAAAAACGAAUGCACUUUAUAUUAAGUAGGAAGUGGAAACCAUCCCUGCGAUGUUCCUGGUUCACCUUACUGUCUCUUUUUGAUGUCUCUACACAAUGAUCUCCUUUUUCAUUCAGUUUAUUUUGCACUAAUUUCUUAACCUGUAAAUUAUUACUUUUAUUAAUAUCUAAAAAGGCACAAUGGAUUUUACUGACGAGAAGACAGGAAAAAAAAAAUGUCAUUGUAUGUAACACAAUCUUCAUUGGAACUUACCAUGUAGCUUCCAUAAAAACCCUAUUGACUGUACAUGUACAAAUCGAUUAACUUAUUAACCAAUUUUUCUACCUAUUUGUCUAAUACUUGAUUACUUACCGUCUAUUGUUUUUUUCUCCGCUGGUUUCUUUUUUUUGGUAAUUUCUUUAUAUCCAAGUAGAGUGUUUGCCUUUAUGGGUUGUGCAUGUGAUACGUUCAUAUUUACACCUGUGACCUAUACUGGGUAUUAUAAUAACAGCUCCUUGUACAUCUGUUUCAUGGACAGUGUUAGCGAUGGAAAAAAAUUACUGUAAAUUAGACUGUUGUGUGUGAAACUACUAAAGUGGUAGAUAUUAGACAGUAGCUUCUACCCCGGUGUUAAAGCUUAUUCACCCGCUCCUCAAAGUGGCGGUGGAACAUGUAAAAAAGAAACAAUUGCUCCUUGUUACGGGUUAAUAAAGAAGCUGCCAUGUUAACUAACGUUACAGAAUAUAAACAGUGGCUCAGGAAGGACAGUUUGUGAGCAAGUUAUAUAUAAUCAUUGGUGCCACGUACCUAUAUUUUGAGAGGUUUUUAGUGGAGGUUCUAUAUGCAUUUGAUUUCUAUAUGAACCCUCUGGUGCAGUGCAGUGUCAAAAUGACCAAAUUAGUAAGAAAAUGCUGCGUUUGGAAUUAGGCAAACAGUAUACGUGCUUUAAUAUCAGGGGGUUGCCUCGCUACCAUGAGCCACUAUUCCAUAUUCAUUUUUCUUAAUUGGUUUUGUUCAGAUGCACAGAGGCUCUCUGUUUGUGCAUUUUACAAAAAAUACAUAUUUUUAUUCACUGGAUGUUCUUUUAAUUCAAACACAUCUUUGAGAUGAGGGCGCAUAUUAUAAAUAAAUCUGCCUUUUUCCUCAGCUGGGAAUCCAGACAUUUGUAAAUGCUUUUUUUUAACUUAACAACCAUUGUAAAACCUUUAACGAUUGUGUAGCAUUUCAUAGGAUUACCCUAACUUUAGUAAUGAUUGCAAUAGUUGUAUCCGCGGUUUUCCUUUAGUCUGUCAUUUUGACACAUUCCAGAAGGUUUACUGAUAGAGCCACCCAGUCCCUCCAUUCAGAAAUAAUAUCCUUACACUGGGAAACAGUACUCAAUGGGCUUUGGAUAGUCCUUCUUCUGGCCAGUGUCUUCUCCAGAGUACUCAUAGUAUUGAGCUCACUCUCCUACCACCAGAUAUGGUGGUUGUUCGAGGAAAACUGUCGUUCUUUUUAUUAUUAUUAUUGAAAAUAAAAAUGACAUGUAAUAAUGCCUUUUUGUGGACUAAUACUUCUGUAUACGUUAAUUACUUUUACAUUCACUGUUUACGAGCAGCCAUCAUAAUUUCCGUUUAUUUUGAAGUUCCAGUUAUUUGACCUGAGACCAUGUAAUAUUUUAGUGGCUGAAACCAACUCAAAAUGUGUUGUUGAGAUGCCAGCCAGCGAUGUCUGCCACUUACACAUGACAUGCUUUUAUGAUUUAUAAAUGUGCCCUAGUUCACCCUCACAUGUAUAAGCUCACCCUCACCUGUAUAAUUCUAGAUUGGAUAAAAGUUGCUCCUGAGAAAGGAAGCAAGGGUAAGCUAGCUACGAACUAAAAAUGUUUACUUACUUUUUAUAUGCUUUACAAAAUACUAUAUUUAAUCUUUUACUAAAUAAUAUUAAACACUGCUCACAAUUUUCCUUUAAAAAGGAUUUGUUAUUUAUGUAACAAUUGGCUAAACUAAAUUGUGGAACAGAUCAACCUGGAAUCUCUUUUAAUUAUAACCUAUAUAGCACAUUAAAUUCCCUAAUGUGAUAUAUUGUCAUAUUUUAUUAAUUAAUAAUAGUUGGGAAAUCCAUCCAUCUUUAAACAAGAGGCACUAGGUUUGAGGCACUAUUACUUGUUUUGAGCCAGUAUUUUAGGUUAAAAUCACAUUUUUUUUUUCCCCACACAGUCUGGGACAUUAUUUCAUCAUGAAAUCACUGCUAUCUAGUUGGUAUUUUUAUUUUUGGAACUUAUAUAAAUCGAAGAAGAAUAUAAAGGGUUUAUCCCACCUGUCUAAAAUUUCUUGAUUAACAAGCAUUUCAGCAGAACAUAUCUGGAAAAACCUUAAAAAAAAACAAAAAAAAACUUUUUGAUGUGUUAACUUGUUACGGUGUUUUUGUUGUUGUUUGUUUGUUCCGUACAUGCUUUAAUACUUGAAUAUACAAUAUUUCAGAAAUCAGCUUUUAAUCCUUUUGAUACCAGUAUUUGGGGAACUGACAGUUACACAGAUGCAGCGUGCUGAUGUUGCUUUAAUGUAAUGUUAAAGAAGCAAUAUGGUUUUACUUUACUUGACAGCCAUUUUUACAUUAUUUAUCAAAUUAUGCCAAUUAAUUUGAAAGUGUUUUAUUUAUAUACCUGCUCGUAAAAUAUACAAAAUGCACAUGUUAUGCAUUUCUAGGUCUUUAAUACCGUGUUUCUACCUCUCGUUUGUAAAACUGCAUGCGUUCUUAAGGCUAGGAAACAACUCACUGAACUAUUGCAAAUUAGCCUUUUUAAUAUGGCUUGUAUAAAUGUACAUUAAGAAUAAAUAAAUAAAACCAAUGGAAAAAUA